AUGAAUAUUAAUAAAUUCAAUUCUAGCACAAAGAUAAAAAAAUAUGAAAUUAAAAGUAAUUAUAACACAUUAAAGACAAACCUAGUUAAUAAUGACAAAAAUUGUCAUGAUUGUACCCAUCCUCAUAAUAAUAUAAAUGGUAAACAUAUCGAUUUUUAUGUUUUUCCCAGUAAUGAUAACGGUAAUAUAUUAAAAUCGUCUAAUGGUGUAUUAUGCACAAAUGCCUUUCAUAAAAACAAUAAUUUAAAAAAUAAAACAAUUAUAAAUGAAUUUCAAAUUAACGCACAUAAUUAUAAUACCAAUAAUAUAAAUAAUGAAAAUGUGCCUAAUAAUAUGCUUUAUACACACUGUAUGAACAAUACUGUCGGAAUGAAUAAUUCAUGCAAUACAAAUAACACAAUAAAUAAUACAUUUAACAGAACAAGUUGUUUAUCAAACGUCCCUAAUCAAAAUGUUAACAAUAAUAAUUUAUCAAAUAAUGUAAAUGUUUUUGACAAUGUUAAUAAAAAUGAAUACGAUAUAUUUUAUAGAAAAGAGGCGUUGGACAUUUUUAGUUGGUCAAAUGAUAUGCUACUCCAGAAAAAUAAUGUAAGCAAGUUAAAUUUAUGCAACAAUUCACAAAGUAAUAAUAUAAAUGGACCAGAAUAUAAGAAAUCAAUACGUAAAGAAAAAUUUUAUGAUUUAAGUAGAAUAUAUAAUAGUAACGAAGUUUCAACAUUAAAAAUUAAUGGGAAUAAUGAAAUACAUAUGAGACACUCCUAUAAGCAUAAUAUAUAUGAAAAAAACAUGAGCGAAGAAUAUUCUAAUAUGUCUUUGAAUAGUUAUAACAAUGUAAAUUAUAGUACAUUUUUACAUUUAAAGCAAAGCAAUAACAAAUCAUAUUAUGAUAUUGAUAUUGAAACGUUUAUCGGUGAAAAUUGUGGUAGUUAUGGAAAUUUUAAUUACAGUACAAGUGAUUUUAAUGCCAACUCAAAUUUAACAAUAUCAGAGUUGAUGGAAAAACAUGAAGAUAUAACACACAAUUGUUCUAAAAAUAGAAAUAUUGAAUAUACUUUUAUAAAAAAUAAUAAUAAUUUUAAACAAUACAAUAGUUUGGAAGAAAAUAAUAAUAAUUAUAAAUGUGAACAUGAAUGGAAACAAGUUUUGAGAAUGAAAAAUGCCCAAAAAAAUAAAAAAUGCUCAAAUAUUCCAAAAAUCGAAAAAAGCAAUAUAAUGCCACAUCCAAAAAUGGACAGCAAACAAUUAAAUUUAAGUAAUAUGAUAAAUUAUAUGAACAGUCAGAAAAAUAAUACACAAAAUAAAGAAAUAAUACAAAAAUAUAAUGAUCAAGCAAUAAAUAAUAACAUUAAUUUUAUUUAUGACCAUCAAUGCAAUACUAAGAAUAAAAAUAUAAAUCCCGAAGUAAACAUACUUUAUUUCGACUAUUUUGAUAAUUUUCAUUGUUUUUUAAAUGAGAAAGAAGCACCGAUUAAAUUGGACACAAAAUUAAUAAAUGAAAACGAUUUACAAAGUGAAAAAAAUGGAAACAUAUCCAACUAUAAUAGCCAUAUUAAUAUUUAUCAUAAUAAUAAUAGUAAUAAUAACGAUUGUGUGUGCAACAUUUACCAUAAUGAAAAUGAUAUGAAAAAAUGUGUGCAGAAUUCUAACAAAAGUAAUAUGGAAAUUAGCAAACAAAUAUAUAAUUAUAAUGGCCAUCAAAUUUGUAAAAACUAUAACAUAAUGCAUUUAAAUGAAUAUACAACACCGAAUGAUGAACAAAAUAUAAUUUUAAAUGAAAAUAUGAAUUAUAAUAACAAGAAUUUAGCUUUAAAAAAAAAAUCCAUAAAUGAGCAACAUGCUUAUAAUAAACGCGAUUUUUGUAUGAACAGUAAUAAUUUUAAGGACAUUUCAAAAAAAAUAUAUAUAAUCCCCCAAAAAAAUACAGUUUGUUGCCCAAAAGACCUACAAAAUAAUAUAUUCACAAAAAAUUCAAUUUGCAAAAAUAACGAUGCAUAUAAUAUUAAAAAUAGCAUAAGAAAAAAUAUUUAUUUUACAAAAAAUGUGUAUAACGAUGAAAAAUAUGUAACUUCAAUGAAUGUAUUAAAAAAAACAGCGGUAUUUGAGAAAAGGCCAUCACAUAAUAUUGUUAAUAAUGAUUACAUGAAUAAAAAUGUAAAGGUUAUUUUUCAAAACUAUAAAACAACUGAACAUAACUCAAAUAAUGAAAUUAUUAAGUAUGCUAAUGAAAAAUCUUUAAAGGAAAUUAAUUUCCCUUUACAAAAUAAAGGUGACGCUGAAAUUACAAAAAAAAACUUCAACGAUAAUUUUAUAUCGUCUUUAGAAAAACAUAACCAUUUAAAAAACGAUUUUAAUAAAAUAAAAUACAAUAUAGAGGAAUUUAGAAAUAGCAAUGAAGAAGCACUAUCUCUCAAUAUUUCAAAAUAUUAUUUACAAAAUAAUUAUAAUAAAAUGGCGUGUAAGAAACUUAAUUUAGAGCAAAGUGAAGUUAACAAUGUUGAAAAAUGUAGGCACGGUGAAAUGUACGAAUUAUUAGAAAUAUAUGAUAAAAACCAAAAUAUAAAUAUACCUAAAGAAACUGAAAUGGAUGAAUUUUUAGAAAUAUAUAACCAAAACAGGAAUAUGGUUAUGCCAAAAGAGAACGAAAUAGACGAAUUUUUAGAUAUAUAUGAUCAAACUAGAAAUAUGGAUGCUUCAAAGGAAAAGAAAAUUGAUGAAUUUUUAGAAAUAUAUGAUAAAAAAAGUGGUUUAAAUAGAUAUACCGAAAGUAAAAUGAACGAAUUUCUAGAUAUUCGUGACACGGUUCGAAGUAUAGAGGAAGCUGAAAAAAUCGAUAAAGCAAAGAAAUUUUUCGAAAAUCAUGAUAAAAUAAUUGAUAUCCAUGAAAGCCUAAGUGUAAACAAUUUACUAAGUACAUAUGAUCAUAUUAAAGAUAUAGAAGAAAACAAAGAUCAAUCAGCAUACAAAUAUAAAAAUAAUAUUGAAGACUUAAACAAAAAUGAGUUAUUGGAAUAUUGGGGAAAUUAUCAUUACGAUGUUAUUAAAAAAGACACACCAAAACAUAAUAAUUCUUUUAUUUAUGCAUCUGGAAAAGAGGCUAAAAUAAAUAAAGACAUUUUAAAAGAAAUGAGAAGUAGGCUAUUUAGCAACGACGAGCAUGAUAGUAAUAAGGGUGAAAAUAAAACUACGAAUGAAAAUAAAAUCAUGAAUGAAAAUAAAGGAUUCAGUAGCUUUACUUAUGCAUCUGGAAAAGAGGCUAAAAUAAAUAAAGACAUUUUAAAAGAAAUGAGAAGUAAGCUAUUUAGCGACGACGAACAGGAUAUUAAUCAGAAUGAAAAUAAAGGAUUUAGUAGCUUUACUUAUGCAUCUGGAAAAGAGGCUAAAAUAAAUAAAGAUAUUUUAAAAGAAAUGAAAAAUAAAAUAUUCAACGAUGAUGAAUAUAAUAAUUAUGCAGACGAAAUGAAAAAUGAAAAAAAUAGCUAUUUUGAAAACGAGGAAACUUAUAUAAAAAAGCAAAACACGUUAUUAGAAGAGAGAUCAUCACCAGGAAAUAGUUUAGAAAUUGAAUCAUAUGCAAAAGGAAAAAAAGAAGGAUUAAAAGAAGUAAAACAAAACAAAUCAACUAAUAACACAAAAGGAAUACGUGUAAAAAGGAUGAAAGUAAAAAAUGAAGAAAAAUUAUUUUGUGGUGAAUCAUAUUCGCUUCAAAAAAAAAAAAAAAUUAAAAGUAAUAAUAAUAGAACGAAUGGAGAUUUAGAAUCAAAUAAAAAUAGUAAUGACGAAAUGUUUGGGGAAAUAACACCGUACAAAUCCGAAGAAUUUGAUGAAAUUAUGGAAAAAGGGAAAGGUAAAAAUUAUAUAUGUUCAAGUGAUUAUGAUAUGGUCCAAAUUAAAGAUACACCGAAAAAAAUGAGUUCCAAUUUAAAAAGUAAAAAUAAUUUUAUUAAUCCAAGAAAGCAAAACGUAAAUAAUGAAAUUGAAGAAAAACAGACACUACAGAAUAUUAGUAAUAAUAAUAAAGAAAAUUCAAAACUUGAUUUAAACAUAAAUUUGAAAGAUAGUUUGGGAUUAAUAAAAAAGACACUAACUAAUUUAUCAGAAAAAAGGAGAUUAAAAGAUACUAACUUUUUUACAAAUUUUCUUAUAUUUAUAAAUGAAGAAAAUAAAAAAAAACCUUAUGAAUUUAAUUGGUUUAGUAAUGAUUACAUAUAUUUUCUAAAAAAUGCAAAUGAAAAAGAAUAUUAUGUAUCUAAUAUUAAUGUAAUGUAUGAAUUGUUCAUAUUAGUAACAAAAGAAUUGAACAUAUUUUAUAUAUAUGAUUUUCCGUGGUUUUUAAAAAAAUAUAAUUUAAUAACCAUGUCAUUAGUUCGUAAAUAUAAAAGGGAGUUAAAAGAAAAAUAUAAACAUUUAAAAUAUAUGAUAACUAUGUUUAAAAGUCCUAGAAGUGAUUUUAAUAAAUUUAUAGAUAAUAAAGAAUAUUUGAAUUCACCUUUUCGUGAUUCUUUUAAUGAUCGAAAUGAAAUUUUAGAAAACGAGGCAGAAAAUAUAAAUAGUAUAAUUAUAAAAACCGAAAGAGAAAAAAGUGCAAUAUCUAAUAAAUUCGAAAAAGAAAACGACAACCAUCUAUUAGGUAAUAUACGUAAUAAUUACGCUUAUAUAUCAAACUUCAAUUUAAUGGACAACAUUAAUUAUUGUGGUGACAAUGCAUAUUAUACAGCUUUGUGUAAAAAGCAAGCAAAUGUUUUCAAAAAUAAUAUUAUACAUAUUAAUGAUGAUAACAAGACUAUAAAUAUUAAUACGCGUUAUGAAAAUAAUGCAUCUUAUAAUAAUAAUUUUUUUGAAGAAUAUAAUAUUAAUCAGUCAUAUAAGUAUGAAAAUUAUACGAAUAAAUGCGUUAAUAAUAUUGGCUGUAUAAUUCCUUACAAUUCCUUAAAUUUGGAUAUAACCCUUAUAAAUUGUAUAGACCAAGUGCCGCCACCUUCACCCAUUGAAUUUAUAUAUAAGUUAUUGAAAAGGUACAUAGAAGAACAGAAAAAUAAAAAGAGUGUUUUACAGCUAAUACAAGAAAACAGAGUUUCAUAUAAAGUGCCAAUAAAUUUGCGAGUUGAAAAAAUUAUUAAAAAAGAAGAAAAGUACAUAAUAAUUUUAAGUGAUAAUUUUGAUUAUAUUUAUUGUAUAAUAAAGGAUACACAUUUAGCGGAGCUAUUAAUAUGUGGUAAAAUUAAAGAGGGUUAUACUUUAAAAAUUAAUUCUUUAGAUAUAUAUAAUGAUAAUAAUGUUAUUCCCCAUGAAGAAAACCCUAAUAGUUAUUCGAAGGGAAUAAACUUUAGUUUAUCGAGUAAUAAUUUAAUAUGUAUAGACAAGGAAAAUAAAUUGAAAAUUGGAUUAUCAAAAUAUAAAGCUAAAAGAAUACGAAGCAUUAAAGAUUUUGAAAAUGGCUGUUUUUUUAUAGAUGUAGUAAUUAUAAGUAAAAGUGAUUUUUCAUAUGGAUUUUAUGACCAAACAAAAAAACAAUAUUGUAUUUUAAAUAGUGAAAUUUAUGAAAAAACUGUAUAUGAUUUAAAAAAUGAAAUGACAAAACUUGUGCAUGAUGAAAAUUAUCAUGAAAAUAAUAAAUAUAUAAAAUUAAAAAAUGAUUUGUAUAUGUUUCUCGAGGCAACAACUUUAUGUACAAUUCAGGCUAUUGAUUUUGCUUCUUCAGAAAAAAUAAAAGAAACAGAUUUGUUGGAUGAUAAACUAGAGAAAAUCAUAAAUUCCUUAUGUCAAAUUAAGCUGGUUAAAAUUGAUAAAGAAACAUAUGAAAAUAUGAGAAAAGGAAGUAGACUUCAGAUUUUUAACACGUACAUUCAAAAAUCUAAUAGAAACAAUAAAUUCGUGGCAGCAUUAGAAGAUCAUAUUUUAGACGAUUUAAUAUAUUCUUCAGGUCAAAAGAAAGGAAGUUAUAAUAACAUAAAAUGGAUAGGAAAUUAUGAUUUAUUUAAAUCGCAUUUUUUAAAAGAAAAUAUUGAUAAGAGUAAUAUUCAUUAUUGCAAUGAUUAUGAUAAUUAUUUAAAACUUUUCAAAAGCUAUGAUUUAAAAAAUAAAUCUUAUACACCUAUUGUAUUUCAAGCUACAAAUUCAACAUAUAUAAAUGUAGAUACAAAACAUAAAAGCCGAUUGAUUGAUGAGCUUCACAAUAUAUUAACUAUAAAUAAUAAAGAAAAUAUUGAUAGCAAUAAAAUAACUAAGUUGGACACUGGGUACAAAGAAGAAAACGAAAGUGAAGAAAAAAUCGCAUGUGAGUCAAAAAAGUUAAACAAAAUAUACCCAUCUUUUAUUUAUACAAACAUAUUUAAAAUUCCAAUACUGUCAAAAAUACAUAUGAAUGUUCUUAAAAUGUAUAUAAAUUUAAAUGAAAAUUAUAAAAAUGUAUAUUUUGAUUUAAUUCCUGGAAAUUUAUAUAAUGUAUCUGGGAUGAUUAUUCAUUACACUGAUAUAGAAAUUAAGGAAUUGAUAGAUUACAAAUGCCCUGAAUAUAAAAAAAAUAUGAUGUGGUAUAAAAUAUUUUUAUUAACAUCAAAUGGAUAUUUAUGUUGCAUAAAUAUUUCAAUGUUGGCUCCAAAUUUUAUAAUUUCGUCAUACAAAAAAGAUUUUGCAUGUAAAGAAAGAGAAAUAAUCAAGAGAAUGAUUAAUGUUGAAGAUUGUAUGAGCAUAAAAGAAAAUAAAAACAAUAAAGUUCAAAAUUGUGAUAAUGAAGACAAUCAUUUUAAUAGUAAUGAACAUAUUAAUAUAAACAAAAAUAAUAAUUUAUUUAAUUAUUUAUACAAAUGUGAACGAAAAAAUACAAACGAAAGUAUACAAAAGGGAACCACAUUUUUAAAUGAUUUAGACAUUUUUAUAUAUUUUAACGAUCUGGAAUUUAUAAAUUAUGACCAAAAACAUGAUAUAUUUAAUUUCCGAUCCUAUUAUCAUCCAAAUUUUAAAUCCCUAAGAACAUACCCAAAGGAAUUCGAGCAUAUCAAAUGGAGCAUCACACGAUUAAUUGAUGAAAAUUAUAUUACGUAUGAAAAAAAUAAACUUGUAUUAAAAUUAAGAGAUGAUUUUCAAAUAAAAAUAGAUAACGGAAAUUUUCAAUAUAUAUAUUUAUGGUGCUCUCUAAUUUAUUCAAAAUGUAAAUCUAUUGAAUUAACUGGAGAUUCAUCUAAAAAUAGUAUUUUAUCGAAAUUUUUAAAAAGUAUGUGCAACUUAUAUGCCAAAUGA